UACAGCGCACACACAGAGAGUGUGUUUAGAAGUUAGAAAGCUCCACUCAGGCGGACAAUCAUGAGUUGGGGGGGGACGGUGAAGUUUUCAGACCCCUUAUGUUAAAUCACGUAUUUAUUUAAGAAUCACUUGUGGAUUAUUGCCGACCCUUGGAAAUAACAGAAAUCAACCAGUGGAUUUUAUUGAAAGAAAUGGUGGCUUACGAUGAACCUUGUGUGGUACCUAUCAAACGGACUUUACAGAAGAUAGACUACCAGAACCAGACUUACAAAGAACUAGAGGAACCCUGUACUAAGCGUGUGCGGCCUCUCGGCCGAGUGACCUCGCUGGCGAACCUCAUCUCUCCUGUGAAGAAUGGGGUCGUCCGACGCUUCGGCCAGACCCUCCAGGCCUCAUUUCGGGGCGAUGGGCGGUCUCCGGGCGUGCCCCAGCAGAAACCCUGCAGCAAGGCCGUGGCUCCCACGCCACCCAAGCGACGCAACAGCACACUCUGGUCCGAGACCCUGGACGUCCAUCAAAAAGGGACCUUUUCCACCAAAGAGAUUAAGAGACAAGAGGCUAUUUUUGAGCUGUCUCGAGGUGAACAGGACCUGAUUGAAGACCUGAAAUUAGCCCGAAAGGCUUACCAUGACCCAAUGUUAAAACUUUCUAUCAUGUCCGAGGAGGAGUUGACAGCCAUCUUUGGAGACUUGGAUGCUUAUAUUCCUCUUCAUGAAGAUCUUCUCGCUCAGUUGGCGAAGGCUACAGGCCCAGAUGGCACAGUGGGACAGAUCGGCAAGAUUGUUGUGGACUGGCUGCCAAGGUUAAAUGCUUACAGGGCAUAUUGCAGUAACCAGCUGGCCGCCAAAGCCUUGCUUGAUCAGAAGAAACAGGACCCAAGAGUUCAGGACUUCCUACAGCGCUGCCUUGAGUCACCUUUCAGCAGGAAACUAGACUUGUGGAGCUUCUUAGACAUCCCUCGUUCACGACUGGUCAAAUACCCCCUUCUUCUGAAAGAGAUUUUAAGACACACACCACCAGAUCACCCAGACACAGCAAGCCUUGAGCAGGCGAUAAGCAUCAUUCAGGCCGUGUUGGCUGACAUAAACAUGAAGAAAGGAGAGUCUGACUGUCAAUACUAUAUCGAUAAGCUGGAAUAUUUGGAUGACAGACAGAAAGACCCUCACAUAGAUCAGUGCAAGAGCCUGCUUUGCCACGGGGAACUUCGCAACAAAAGUGGCACGAAGUUGCAUGUGUUCCUCUUUACGGAGGUUCUGGUCUUGACCCGGCCUGUGACGCGGAAUGAUCGGCAUUGUUUCCAGGUGUACCGCCAGCCAAUCCCAGUGCAGGAUCUCGUAUUAGAAGACCUGCAGGACGGAGACGUCCGCAUGGGUGGCUCAUUCCGAGGAGCCUUUAUUAAUGCCGAUAAAGCCAAGAACAUCUUCCGGGUACGCUUCCAGGACCCAUCUCAGGGCCAGUCCCAUACACUGCAGGUCAAUGACAUCUUCCACAAGCAGCAAUGGCUCAACUGCCUCCGCACUGCCAUGUCGACCCAGAAAGAUUCGCCACUCCAUGAGAACGAAUCCUUGUCCACCCCUGCAAGUAAUGACAUUUGUACCAAACGGCGCUCGUCUUCUGUCUCCGCCAUCAUCCAUAUGGAAGAGACCGAUGAGAACUGUCCACGGGCCGCGGCCUCCGCCCCUUCCUCCCCCAGCUCCGAGGAGCCCCCGAGUCCCACUCCCUCCGCAACCUCCACCCUCUCCUCAUCCUCUUCAUCCUCUUCAAUUUCCGCCCCCUUCCAGCCCCGUAAAUCCAAAAAGGACAAGCGUUCAAUCUGUUCACUGGGUAAGAGGAAGGAGACCAUGGUGUAAAGACUGAGCUAUCCCAGGGUGCACAUGGAGUGGCACCGUGUGGAGGACUUGUAUUUAUGUGUGUGUACGGACUGUGUGUUUCUACAGCAGUGUUUUUGUGUUACUGUCCACAAUGGCAGCUACUAUUACCAAUCCCUCCCCCCAAAACCCUCCCAGGUCCAUGUGGGCCGCACCAGUACCAGAAAGACAGUAUUUGUGAGGCAACUGUGUGGAUCUCAAGGGAUCGAUGUCACAUCCCACACACUUUAAAUCACCAUGCUGAUUUGUGUGAAAGCGCAAGAUCACACAUCUAGGUCUUGUUUACUGUUAGUUUGGUCAUAA